CUUCCUCGCUAUUCGCCCGAACUUAACCCUAUCGAAAAUUUCCGUGUAAUUCUUAAAGGUAAAAUAAAACGCAAUAUGCUCAAAGAUGUUGAAACACUUACUACAAGAAUUAUCGAAGCUAGUGAGGCCGUGCCUGUUGAAUACCUUCAGAAUAUCAUUCAGUAUUUUGUUAACCAGUUUCACAGCUGCCGGAAUAAGGUUAUUAUAUAA